AUGACUUUUACAGAUUUCAUUGAUUGUUAUGGCAAAAUGGUAGAUGUGGACUAUUUAUGGACAAAUGAAGAGAUUACUUCAUUUGAACUCUCAAAUCGAUUCGAGGACACUUACUUAACUUUUAUUAUUAUUUCAUCAGAUGAACAAGUUUAUCAAAAAUUAACUGAUUUUAUGAAGCCAUGGAUCAAACAUUAUCCUUGGAUUCAUUCCCCACCAACAUUUGAACAAUUACAACAUAAAUACAAAAACAAACACAAGAAAUCAAUAACUAUUAACUACAUAUAUGGAGAAUUGAACUAUCAUGAAUAUUAUGAUCAGUCAAAUUUAUUCAUCCACAUCUUGCAAUUAUUUACAACCAAAACCAAGAAUGUAUAUAUUCAUUGCUUUGAUUCAGUAGAAAUACAACCAUUGUUAGUACUAUGCCAGGAAAUUGUCGAUGAUGAAAUAUCCAAUGCGUCGGCAUCCCAGAAUAGAGUUUGGUUACAUGAUGGAAAUAUCAUUAUGUUGAAUUCUCACCAAGAUGACUCAUUUUUACCAUUGACCAGGGCCAUCCAUCAGAUCAAUAAUCGUGAUUAUACCAUAGAUAAAAACUUAACCAAUGAAUUAAAUCAAGUAAAUGGGAAUCUUGAGGUGUUUUUGAGAGAUGUGCAUGAUUUGGAAGUAUACAUCCCGAGACAAAUUGCAAACUUGGUCAUGGAUGGUACCAUUCAUGUUUCUGACGCAUUAUUAGAGCUUGAAGGAGAGCCAGAUGAGGAUUUCAAACUUGAAGAACCAAUCGACCCAAUUGAAGUCAAAGUAGCUAUCAAUAGCAUGAAUCUUACUGCAUUGUUGAGUUUAUCUGAAUCCAGUGGCCCUUUUUCAAUAUUUGAACAAAAUGCGGCAGUCUUUCUUCAUUGUGGAUUAGAAUCAUAUAUUAAAAAGAAUAAUAUCAUCCUAUCAGAUCGCAACCCAAUUCGCAGAAACACCUGCCUAUCACGACAUAUACUCCAAGAUGAAUUAAUCUCAAAGGGAUACAUCUCGGCUCGGGUUGAAGAAGAUAAAUCUAUUUAUGAAGACUUUCAAUCUUCAGAGCAGGAUGUAAAUGAAUACUUCAUGUUCAACCAACUCCAAGAAAUCUUCGAACAGGGUCAAGCUGGGAUUGAAGAUCUAAUGCUUAACUCAGACUACACCGAGUCAGAUGAUGAUGAUGAUGAUGAUGAUGAUGAUGAUGAUAAUGAUGAUGAAUCUUCCGACGAGCAAUUGAAUCGAUUUAGAUCUGAAUACGAGGGGAUCACAGGAAGGAAGUUAGAUAAAGACAAAUUACAAGAGAAAUAUCAAUAUUUCAAGGAUGAGGUUGCGAGAGCCACUAAGCAAGUGCAGGAUGAAUUGCAGGAUGACCUCACGGGAACUCAAUUUGCGGAUUUUCCCGAAUAUAUGGCUUCUGCAACAAUAUUACUGAUGAUCUUGGAACCGCCGUAUAGUGAUGAUAGUGACUACGUCAGUGAUAAUGAAGAAGGUGAAUAUCAGGGUGAUAUGGAUUUUGAUGCCUAUAUGAAAUUGAAAAAGAAACUACGUGGAGAGGAUACAGGUGAUGACGAGAUCGAUCAGUAUUACGAUGAUUAUGAUAGUGAUGGAUGGGAAGAUGUUGAAGAUUCAGAUUUUGAUGAUGGAGAGGAAGAAGCUGAGGUAUAUACUGAAGAACCUAAAAUUGAAGAACUCGGGAAUAUGCAUUCUGUUAGCGAAAGGGAUAUUCAAAGCCGUCAACCUUUUAAAGAUAACGAUACUGAAUCGUUAGCAACCCUUUUACAGGGGUUGAAAACAAAAGACGCUAAUUUAGAAGAUAUUCUUAGACGCAAAUAUAAAUAA